GCAGACAGAGUUGGAUGUGACGGUAAAUGCUAUUGUGAUCCCUACUUUACGAUUGUUUAAUGUGUCAGGCGUUCGAGCGCCGACCCCGAUGUGGCGGAGACGGUGCUACGGCAGUUCAUUCUAAUGACAGUACAAAUUAGUGGCUCUCAAGUAUUAUAAGUGGACCAUUUUCGGAAUUCGUGGUAGAGGGUUUUGGAUAAUUGAUAUCCCUCGUGUGAUUUGUGUGUGAGUGAAACAGUGUAAUCAUGCCACGGUCUUUUCUGAUUAAGAAGAACAAUUAUAGCAACUGCCCUCUGAAAAAGAGGCCUGUCCCUCUCUACAAGGAGCCACAGGAAGAGGAAGGGAAAGAUGUGCCCGAUGAUAAUUCAGAGCCGGAGAACUUGAGCACGAAACCGGAAGACUUGAGCCUAACGGCGAGUCAGCACAACUAUCCGCACAAGGCCAUCACCCCGCCUCCGGGAGUGGCGCUCAUCACGGCAAAGAGGACCCCUCUCUCUGAGCGCCCUGAUGCCGUGACGUCAGGCACUACAUCACUAAACCACGGAACUACCACAUCACCCCAUCACUCACACUACUUGGGGAAAACGUCAGGGGGACCUUUGGAGCCACUGAAUCUGAACACCCCAGCUGAAUCUCACCACCACCACCAUCAUCACUACGCUUCCUCGCCAACGUCAUGGCACAGGGGUGUAGCUCCUCAUUACCCACCGCCCUAUCUGACGUUCAAUUACCCAUACCCCCCACCCGCAGAGAUGUACAGCAGUCACCACCAAUACGCACCCUCAAUUUACCCGGUGUCACCGGCCCGGAGCAGUCCUUUGAUGGGUCACACGCAUCCUCACCACCACCAGGAGCAGCAGCUGUCCCCGUACGCUCCACGGGACUCCAGCAACUCACCACCCCACCACAUGUUCACGUCAUCCACUCUGAGAGCUCCCGUCUCUGUUGUGGCUUCUCUACCCCAACGUCAGCACCAGGCAGCAUCCGAACUGCCCAAACUCUACAUGCCUUACCAAGCAACGGAACACUGCGGCCUCUCUCCAACCUCCUCAGUUGCAUCCUCUUCUUCAAACACUGUUUUUCAAUCGCUGUCGCCGCCCCCUGUCACUCCCGAAGACCUGUCGUCACCCGGAAGUGUCAGCAGCGGAAGCAGUAGCGCCGGGAGCACUGGAGCCGGUAAGAAGAGAAAGGAGGGUGUUGUGCCUCGUUACCAGUGUCCUGACUGCUCCAAAUCAUACUCGACAUACUCAGGGCUAUCCAAGCACCAGCAGUUUCACUGCGCAGCCACAGCCGGCUCGGAAACCAAGAAGUCCUUCAGCUGUAAGUACUGCGAGAAGGUGUACGUGUCACUGGGGGCGCUCAAGAUGCACAUCCGCACACACACGCUGCCGUGCAAGUGCAAGUUGUGCGGCAAGGCGUUCUCACGGCCCUGGCUGCUACAGGGACAUAUCCGAACGCACACGGGCGAGAAGCCUUUCUCUUGUCCACACUGCAACAGGGCGUUCGCCGAUCGCUCAAAUCUGAGAGCGCACCUGCAGACACACUCAGAUGUCAAGAAGUACUCGUGCAGCACCUGCAGCAAGACGUUCUCGCGAAUGUCACUGCUUACAAAACACGUGGAUGGCGGCUGUCCAGGUACGAAUACAGCCGCAGCGAGCGUCCCUCCAUCGGCACUGAGCCCCAGCGCCCAAAGAGACAGUAGCAGUGGCGAUGAAGCCAAGCCCACCUCUCCUGCUUUCUUUGUAAAGCAUUUUCCUCCUUUUUUGUAAUGUUUGUUGAAUCUUCUGGUUAAUGAGCCAAAUCGUUAUUCAUGAAGGAACUAGUCCUUGUACUGUAUACAAACCUUGAUGACGUCAUCUGAUGGAUAUUGGCGUGGUUUCUAAUUGAUGGUGACGCCCAAAAAGGCAGAACCUUUACAAAGCGCUGCCAGGAACUCAUAUUAUAUCACGUAUCAGUAUUGUGAAUCUGAAGUAAGCUAUAUGUUAAAAAUGCACUGGUUUUAAAUGUUAAAAUUCUGUUAUUUAUAAUGAACCAGUGUCUGUAAUUGCAGAAUUACGGGAGGGUGGGUUAUUGGUGUGGAAGAUUUAUCCGGUUGCGAGCCACAUGCUAGACAAUGGGAGAAUGAUGUUAAUACUGGUGUAACAUUGUUCAUCCGGAACAAGAUUAAUAGUUUGUAUGGGUGGGCUGGGUCGAUGUCAGUCAUGUGUAUAUGUAAGCAUAGAGGAACCACUCAACUACAAGUGCCUUGAAUUGGGUUCCUAUUGUACCCUAAUAAGUAAGCGUUAAAAAGACUGAUUAUCACUGUAUAUUUCUACAGCAGAAGUAGAAUUAAACAAAAGACAAGAAACUCCUUACAUGUUUAUGACCAUUUUUAAAGUACAAAAUAAUGUUAAAGGGGCCUAAUUCAUAUAGAAAACUGUUCUUAUUUUUUUUAACUGUCAUUUUUGUAAUCCCAAGAAUUUUUCUGAGCAAAUGAGAUAACCGUGACGAAUUAUUCAAGUCGACUUGUUUUCAAAUAUGACCAUAUAAUCUAUUUUAUAUAUUAUUAUAUGAUGCAAUGCAGUUUCAAGCACCAAAGUGCCAAAUUGCACAUAAUUUGCUAUAAAGCCUUUUGUAUCCUAUAGUUAUUUCCUCUACAACUUCUUUUUUUAUAUAAACAAUAAAAGUAUCAUACUUUAUGGAAUGCAAAGGUGUUGGCUAACUUGCCAUACAAAUUUGCCAUUUUGGAAGCUAGUCACAAAGGGGCUAAGAACCCAAGUACUUUACUUAAAGCUCGUGUAAAAAUAGCAAUUUCCUUUCAGAUAAAUCGAGCAAAUUUUUUGUAUAGUGCCUUAAUGUUUUUGU